AUGGGGUCAUAUUCAUGUCCUGGCUGGAGGCAGCUAGACAUCGCCGUUGUUGGCGGCGGGAUAGGAGGAAUGUCCGCGGCGACCGCCCUGCGCCGUGCCGGCCACAAGGUGUCUAUUUACGAACGUGCCGAUGUCCUUCGUCAAGCCGGUGCUUCUGUUUCCUGUGCAGCGAACGGUACGCGUUGGCUACACGAGUGGGGAGUAGAUGUGGCUAAGGGCGAUGGGGUCAUCCUAAAAAAGCUCAUCAGCCGCGAUUGGACGACCGGCAAGAUCCUGACUGAGUAUGAACUGGAUGACUACGAGAAACGAUGGGGAUACGUGUACUACAUGUUUCAGCGGCAGUGUAUGCACACAAUGUUGAGGGAUUCAGCAUUGGGGGAGGGCGAAGGGGUGCCCGCGAAACUCUUCAUGAAUCACAAGUGCAAGAACAUCAAUAUCAAUACCGGUUUGAUUGAGUUUGAGAACGGAGAGAUGGCCAAGCAUGAUCUCAUUAUCGGCGCGGAUGGCAUCGGAUCCGCCGUUCGUGGUAUUCUCGGUAUCCGGCCUGAGAAGCGACCCGCCGAGUCUAGCUGCCUACAUGCAAACGUCGUCACUGAAGACGCGAUCGCCGCUGGUCUUGCUGACUUCUCUAGAGAUAACGCCCUGCAGUUCUGGGGCGGCCAUGGGGAGGUCUGGGACAAGAUCGUUCUCUCACCAUGCCGAGGGGGCAAGUUGCUAUCGAGACUACAUGAAUCAUUCUUGGGGGGAGCUGACCGGCCGGUGGAAGAGUUGCUGAUGCCGUACCCUCAACUCGAGACGCAAGUCCGCGGACAUUUGGCCCUUGGCAAAGAAAUCCAGCCAUGGCGUCUAUGGAUGCAUGAACCGUAUCCGUAUAUUGCAAGAAACAUGGUCUGCUUGCUUGGUGAUGCAGCUCACCCAAUGAUGCCUCACCAAAGCCAAGCGGCCUGCAUGGCAAUUGAAGACGCAGCUGCCUUGGGCAUUCUUUUUAGCAAGAAAUACUUCACGGGAGAUGUGGUUGAGUCACUAUCUAUCUAUGAGUCAGUUCGUCUCCCGAGAGCAACCAAGGUUCAGGCAGCAGCGGCGCGAGCCUCACAGAAUAUCAACGAGCGAAUCGGUUUCUCUAGCAACAUUCACAGUCCAGUUUACGUGGUGAAGAGUGAGCAGGGGAAAUUGACAGUGGAAGAGAUGAAUGCUUAUAAUAUACAGAUGCACAUCGACGAGGUGGUCUCCGGACGCACCAGGCAAACCUACACUCACAAGUACACCCGCGGUCUGCCAAUGGGGCUAAAGCUAUCAAACGGAUACACUGUUGGAGCUGACGAUUGGAAGCCGGCGCUGGCUGUCUUGGUAAUUGGAAUCACCACCGUACUGAUCUAUCACCUCUACCAUACAUACUCGCAGCUGCAGCACAUCCCCGGUCCCUUCGUCGCAAAAUUCACCAACUUGUAUCGCUUCAUUCUAGCGCGCCGUGGUUUCCUCCACCUGUACCAAACUCUCGCUCACCGACGAUAUGGCCCCGCCGUACGAUUUGGUCCCAACCUAGUAUGCAUUUGUGACCCGGAGGCCAUCCAGACAAUCUUCAACCUGCGGGGCGGAUUUCCCAAGAGCAAGAUGUACCGCGCCUUCCGACCAUGGACCACAGACGGCCUACUCCUCUCCGUCUUCACCGCAGAGGACGAUGCGGCGAAUCGACAGAUGAAGCAACAUAUCUCCGUGUACUAUUCGCUCUCGUAUACUGUAUCCUCUUUCGAGCAAAGAAUGGAUAGUGCUACGCGAAUGUUCUUUGACCAGCUUGAUCGCCGCUUUGUGCCCACGGGAGCACAUUUUGACCUGACAAGUUGGCUUAAAUUCAUGUCCUACGAUACCAUGGGCUUGAUGACAUUCUCCCGCCCAUAUGGGUACGUACAGCAUGGGAGAGACUUACACGGUAUCAUGGACGACGUCAAGAGGGCAAACCUGAGUAUCGGACCGAUGACGCAGAUACCAUGGUUCGAUUGGCUCUUGCAUAAGAAUCGACUAGCAAAUCUCAUCAAACGCGAAUCCAUUGCCCCUCUGCUGGACUACGUUCUGGCGCGUAUCGCAGAGCGUCGGAACGCGCGGCGGAACAGUCAUAACACGCUCCCCAAUGCAAACGCCGACGGACCAUGUGCCGACGGUGACUUCCUCGGGUAUUAUCUACAGGCCCAGGAGAAAAAGGAAAAUGUACCGCUUCGAUUUGUGUCAACAUGGACCUUUGCCAAUAUACUGGGAGGGGCCGACUCCACGGCUUCCAUGCUUAGAUCCGUGGUCUGUUUCCUCGUGGAAAACCCUGACGCACUGGAAACAGUACGAACCGAGCUGCAGGAUAAGCAAGGCACUACCACAGGGCUCACUCUUCCUAUUCCUCAAUGGCAACAACUGCAGAACCUCCCCUUCCUUGACGCUUGUAUUAAAGAGUCACUUCGGCUUGAUCCUCCGUUCGCUAUGCCUCUCGAACGAGUGGUCCCUGCAGAAGGAGCGACAAUUUGUGGUCACUUUUACCCUGGGGGUACCGUCGUAGGCAUGAGCCCGUAUAUUGCUAAUCGCUAUCGGCCGACAUGGGGGGAUGAUGCGGAACUGUGGCGUCCCCAGCGCUGGUUGGAAGGCGAACCGUCACGUAUUAGAAAACUGGAAGCUAGUUUGCUGAGUUUUGGGGCCGGGACACGAGGUUGCCUGGGCCAGAACGUCGCCAUGUUUGAAAUCAAGAAGUUUGUUACUGCUCUGUUCAUGAACUAUGAUGUGAGUACCGGAGCAUAA